UCCAUCGGUCCCGCACGGCGCGGCCCGGCCCCGCGCCACGAACAUGGCGACGCGGUGCAGCGGCGGGGUGAACGGUGCCGUUCUGUCCCCGCACCGCCUCGCCUUGCUGCUGCUGCUGCUGCUGUCCGAAGGGGCGGCGGGGGGCGGCUCCUCGUUGUUGCUACGCGUCCCUCCGGAGGCACCCGAUGAACCCCCGCGGAGCCGCCGUGCCGCGCAGGAGCCCAUCCAGGUGUACGGACAGGUCAGCCUCAACGACUCCCACAACCAAAUGGUCGUUCACUGGGCAGGAGAGAAGAGCAACGUGAUCGUGGCCUUGGCCAGGGACAGCCUGUCCUUGCUGGGCCCCAAAAACAGCGACGUCUACAUCUCUUAUGACUACGGGAAGAGUUUUAAAAAGAUUUCGGAGAGGUUCAGCUUUGGGGAUGGGAACAGCAGUGCGGUGGCCAUCGCUCAGUUCUACCACAGCCCAGCCAACAACCAGCGGUAUAUCUUUGUGGAUGCCUUUGUCCCUUACCUCUGGAUCACCACUGACUUCUGCAAGAGCAUCCAGGGCUUCUCGAUCCCCUUUAGGGCAGCAGAUCUCCUUCUGCACAGCAGGAACCCCAACCUCGUCCUGGGCUUUGACAGAUCCCACCCCAACAAGCAGCUCUGGAAAUCAGAUGACUUUGGCCAGACCUGGAUAAUGAUACAGGAGCACGUGAAGUCCUUUUCCUGGGGUGUCGAGCCCUACGAUAAGCCCAACACAGUGUACAUCGAGCGGCACGAGCCCUCUGGCACCUCCACUGUCAUUCGCAGCACAGAUUUCUUCCAAAGCCGAGAAAAUAAAGAGGUGAUCCUGGAGGAUGUUGAUGACUUCCAACUCCGGGACAAAUACCUGUUUGCCACAAAGUCUGUGCGCUUGCUGGGCAGCUUGCAGCCAUCAUCAGUUCAGCUCUGGGUUUCCUUCAACCGCAAGCCGAUGCGGGUGGCCCAAUUCGUUACCAAGCAUCCAAUUAAGGAGUACUACAUCGCCGAUGCAUCGGAGGACCAGGUGUUUGUGUGCGUCAGCCACGAUGACAACCGCACCAACCUCUACAUCUCGGAAGCAGAAGGCCUGAAGUUCUCCCUGUCUUUAGAAAAUGUGCUCUACUACAGCCCAGGAGGAGCAGGCAGUGACACUCUGGUCAGAUAUUUUGCCAAUGAGCCUUUUGCUGACUUCCACCGUGUCGAGGGUGUGAGAGGUGUGUACAUUGCCACGCUGCUCAACGGCUCCUUCAGCGAGGAGAACAUGCGCUCCGUCAUCACCUUUGACAAGGGAGGCACCUGGGAGCCCCUGCAGCCCCCGGCAGAGACACGCUAUGGGGAGAAGACACACUGUGAGCUUUCCCAGGGCUGUUCCCUCCACCUGGCCCAGCGCCUGAGCCAGCUGCUGAAUUUCCAGCUGCGGAGGAUGCCCAUCCUCUCCAAAGAGUCAGCACCAGGGCUGAUCAUUGCCACCGGCUCCAUCGGCAGGAGCAUGGCGAAGAAAACCAACGUCUACAUCUCGAGCAGCGCUGGGGCGAGGUGGAGAGAGGCACUAUCAGGACCCCACUACUACACCUGGGGUGACCACGGGGGCAUCCUGGUGGCCAUCGCACAGGGCACGGAGACUGACCAGCUCAAGUACAGCACCAACGAGGGAGAGACGUGGAAAUCCUUCACCUUCUCAGAGAAGCCAGUAUUUGUGUAUGGGCUGCUGACAGAGCCUGGGGAGAAAAGCACCAUCUUCACCAUCUUUGGUUCCUACAAGGAGAACGGCCACAGCUGGCUCAUCCUGCAGGUCAACACCUCUGACGUGCUGGGGGUCCCCUGCACAGAGAACGACUACAAGCUGUGGUCGCCCUCAGAUGAGCGAGGCAACGAGUGCUUACUGGGGCAUAAAACUGUCUUCAAAAGGAGGACUCCUCAUGCAACGUGUUUCAAUGGGGAAGAUUUUGACAGGCCUGUCAUGGUCUCCAACUGCUCGUGUACCAGGGAAGACUUUGAAUGUGAUUUUGGCUUUAAGCUGAGCGAGGAUCUCUCUCUGGAAGUUUGCAUCCCAGACCCCGAGUUUGCAGGGAAGCCCUAUGACCCACCAGUACCGUGCCCUGUAGGCUCAACCUACAGGAGGACUCGAGGCUACCGGAAGAUCUCUGGGGACACCUGUAUGGGUGGUGACAUCGAGUCGCGACUGGAGGGGGAGAUGCUGCCAUGCCCACUGGCUGAGGAGAACGAAUUCAUCCUGUAUGCCACCCGCUACUCCAUCCACCGCUACGACCUCGCCUCUGGGCUCAGCCAGGAGCUGCCGCUGGCCGGGCUGCGCGGCGCGGUCGCGCUCGACUUUGACUAUGAGCACAACUGCCUCUACUGGGCCGAUGUCACACUGGACAUCAUCCAGCGUCUUUGUCUCAAUGGCAGCUCUGGGCAAGAAAUAAUCAUAAGCACUGGGUUGGAAACGGUGGAAGCUUUGGCCUUCGAACCACUCAGCCAGUUGCUGUACUGGGUCAAUGCUGGAAUUCCCAAAAUUGAGGUUGCCAAUCCGGAUGGAGACCUGCGUCUCACUGUCCUCAACUCCUCCAUCCUUGAGCGACCCAGGGCCCUUGCGCUGGUGCCCCGAGAAGGGCUGAUGUUCUGGACGGACUGGGGAGACUCCAGGCCUGGCAUUUACAGAAGUGACAUGGAUGGCUCCUCGGCUGCCUGCGUCGUCUCAGAAGGUGUGCGGUGGCCCAAUGGCAUCUCUGUGGAUGACCACUGGAUCUACUGGACUGAGGCUUACAUGGAUAGGAUUGAGAGGGUGGAUUUCAAUGGUUUGCAGAGAUCUGUCAUUUUGGACAGCCUCCCACACCCCUAUGCCAUCGCUGUAUUUAAGAACGAGAUCUACUGGAAUGACUGGUCACAGCUGAGCAUCUUCCGGGCAUCCAAAACCAGUGGCUCAAGGAUGGAGACUUUGGUUGGCCGAUUAAACGGGAUCAUGGACAUGAAAAUCUUCUACAGAGGAAAGACGACAGGACGGAACGGCUGCAUUGCCCACCCCUGCAGCUUGCUCUGUUUGCCCAAGUCCAACAAUGGCCGGAGCUGCAAGUGCCCUGAGGGCGUUUCCAGCACCGUGCUGCCCUCAGGGGAGGUGAAGUGUGACUGUCCUCAUGGCUACAGCAUGAAGAACAACACCUGCGUGAAGGAAGAAAACACGUGUCUGCCCAACCAGUACAGAUGCUUCAACGGGAACUGCAUCAACAGCAUUUGGCAGUGUGACAACAACAAUGACUGCGGGGACAUGAGCGAUGAGAAGAACUGCCCCACCACUGUGUGUGAUGCCGAAACCCAGUUCCGCUGCCGGGAAUCGGGGACCUGCAUCCCCCUGUCCUACAAGUGUGACCUGGAGGACGACUGCGGUGAUAACAGCGAUGAGAGUCACUGCGAUGCUCACCAGUGCAGAAAAGACGAGUUCAGCUGCAGCUCAGGGAUGUGCAUUCGACUCUCCUGGAGGUGUGAUGAUGACAAUGACUGCAGGGACUGGUCUGAUGAAGCCAACUGCACCAUGUUCCGCACCUGUGAGGCCUCCAGCUUCCAGUGCCUCAAUGGGCACUGCAUCCCACAGCGCUGGGCUUGUGACGGCGAUGCUGACUGCCAGGAUGGCUCCGAUGAGGACCCCACCAUCUGUGAAAAAAAGUGCAAUGGCUUCCAGUGCCCCAAUGGCACCUGCAUCUCAACCAGCAAACACUGCAACGGCAUCACUGACUGCGCCGACGCCUCAGAUGAGCAGGACUGCGAAAUUCCCCUGUGCACCCGUUACAUGGACUUCGUGUGCAAGAACCGGCAGCAGUGCUUGUCCCACUCCAUGGUGUGUGAUGGUGACAUCCAGUGUGAGGAUGGCUCCGAUGAAGAUGCCAACUACGCGGGAUGCGCCCAGGAGCCUGAAUUCCACCGCACCUGUGACCAGUUUAGCUUCCAGUGUGCAAACGGGGUGUGCAUCAGCCUGGUGUGGAAGUGUGAUGGCAUGGAUGACUGCGGUGAUUACUCAGAUGAAGCAAGCUGUGAAAACCCAACGGAUGCCCCCAACUGCUCCCGGUACUACCAGUUCCAGUGUGGGAACGGGCACUGCAUCCCCAACCAGUGGAAGUGUGAUGGAGAGAACGACUGCGGGGACUGGUCGGAUGAGAAGGAGUGCGAGGGCUCCCCAGUCCUUCCCAUCACCACCGCCAUCCCUCCCACCUGCCUCCCCAACCAUUUUCGGUGCGGCAGCGGCGCCUGCAUCACCAACAGCUGGGUGUGCGAUGGCUACCGCGACUGCGCCGACGGCUCGGACGAGGACGCCUGUCCCACCUCCCACCCCAAUGUGAGCUCCAGCCCCCCAGCGCCACGCGGCCGCUGCAGCAGGGCCGAAUUCGAAUGCCAGCAGCUGCACAAAUGCAUCCCCAACUGGAAGCGUUGUGACGGCCGGCGGGACUGCCAGGAUGGCACCGACGAGAGGAACUGCCCAACGCACAGCUCGCUGUCGUGCCCCCAGGGCUUCCGCUGUGAGGAUGGGGAGGCCUGCCUGCUGGUGACUGAACGCUGCGAUGGGUACCUGGACUGCUCCGAUGGCAGCGAUGAGAGGAACUGCACAGAUGACACCAUUGUGUACAAGGUACAGAACCUGCAGUGGACGGCUGACUUCUCAGGUGCCAUCACCCUGACGUGGGCUCGGCCAAAGAAGAUGUCCUCGACCUCCUGUGUCUACAAUGUGUAUUACAGGAUGGUUGGAGAAAGCAUCUGGAAGGUUCUGGAAACCCACAGCAACAAAACCAGCAGCGUGUUGAAGGUUCUGAAGCCUGACUGCACCUACCAGGUGAAGGUGCAGGUGCAGUGUCUCAGCAGAGUCUACAAUACCAACGACUUCAUCACCCUGCGGGUGCCCGAAGGACUGCCGGAUGCUCCAUUUAACCUCCAGUUGGCCCUCAAAAAAGAAGCUGAGGGGGUGGUGGUGUGCAGCUGGAGUGCCCCUGUGAACGCCCAUGGCCUCAUACGGGAAUUCAUUGUGGAAUACAGCAGCAGUGGUUCCAAGGAGUGGUCAUCCCUUAGAACCACCAAGAACUACACCGAGAUCAAGAACUUACAGGUCAACACAUUGUACACAGUUCGGGUUGCUGCAGUGACCAGUCGAGGAGUGGGAAAUUGGAGCAUCUCUAAAUCCAUAACCACCAUAAAAGGCAAAGUCAUUCCUCCACCUGUCAUACGCAUUGAGGGCUACACUGAGGACUCCAUAAGCUUCAGUCUGAAAAUGAAUACUAAUAUCAAGGUCAGCGGUUACGUUGUCAACAUCUACUGGACAUUUGAUGCACACAGGCAGGAAAGAAGAACUCUGACCAUAGAAGGAGAAAAGUCAGUCCAAAAAGUGGCCAACCUGACAGCUCAAACCCCGUAUGAAAUCUCUGCUUGGGCUAAGACAGAGCUGGGUGACAGCCCUCUGUCUUUUGUGCACGUUGUGACCAGCGGGACGAGACCCAUCCCACCAAGUCUCAAGGCCAGGGCCAUCAACCAGACAGCAGUGGAGUGCACCUGGACCGGACCGAGGGAUGUUGUCUAUGGCAUCUUCUACGCCACGUCCUUCCUGGAGCUCUACCGGAGCCCUCACAACACCACCACAACCUUCCACAAUGCCACCGUCAUCGUGCAGCGGGACGAGCAGUACCUGUUCUUGGUCCGUGUGAUGUCUCCCUACCAAGGGCCACCAUCUGAUUACGUUGUGGUGAAGAUGAUCCCCGACAACCGGCUUCCCCCGAGGCACCUCCAUGCAGUGCUCACAGGCAAGACCUUCGCCGUCAUCAAGUGGGAAUCUCCCUACGAUUCACCUGACCAAGACAUGUUGUACGCUGUUGCAGUUAAAGAUUUAGUAAGAAAAACAGAUAAAAUCUACAAAGUGAAAACACGGAACAGCACGGUGGAAUACACCAUUAAGAAACUCGAACCAGGAGGCAAAUACCACGUGAUUGUUCAACUGGGAAACAUGAGCAAAGAAUCCAGCAUGAUGAUUAACACAGUUCCACUCUCUGCACCGGAUGCCUUAAAAAUUAUAGCAGAAAAUGACCACAUUCUGCUCUUUUGGAAGAGUUUGGCAUUAAAGGAAAGCAAUUUCAAUGAGAGCAGGGGUUACGAAGUUCUCAUGUUUGACAGCCUGCUGAACCGCACGGCCUAUCUUGGGAACACCACCGAGAACUUCUUCAAAGUUUCCAACCUGAAGAUAGGUCACAACUACUCCUUUGCAGUCAGGGCCAGGUGUCUGUAUGGUGGGCAUAUGUGCGGGGAGCCGGCUACGCUUCUCUAUGAUGAGCUGGGAGCUGGUGGAGACUCCUCUGAAUCUCAAAUAGGCAGAUCCACUGACGUGGCUGCCAUUGUGGUCCCCAUCCUGUUCCUGCUGCUGGUGGCCCUGGGGGCUGGCUUCGUGGUGCUGUACACGAGGCACCGCCGGCUGCAGAGCAGCUUCACCGCCUUCGCCAACAGCCACUACAGCUCCCGCCUGGGCUCGGCCAUCUUCUCCUCAGGGGACGACUUAGGAGAUGAGGAUGACGAAGCUCCCAUGAUAACUGGAUUUUCAGAUGAUGUCCCCAUGGUCAUCGCAUGAAGCGCGCUUCUGACUGUAAAAACCAAAUGGUGUAAAUAUUUUAUUUGAUAAAAAUAGUUGAUUGUUUAUUUUAAAAAUGCACUUUGAGUUGCAAUAUGUUAUUUUUCUAUGGGCCAAAAAAAUU